AUGGCCAGCUCAGCCCGGGAGCACCUGCUUUUUGUGCGGCGUCGAAAUCCCCAGAUGCGGUACACAUUGAGCCCAGAGAACCUUCAGAGCCUCGCCGCCCAGAGCUCCAUGCCAGAGAACAUGACCCUACAGAGGGCAAACAGCGACACAGACCUGGUGACCUCUGAGAGCCGCUCCAGCUUGACUGCCAGCAUGUAUGAGUACACGCUGGGGCAAGCCCAAAACCUCAUUAUCUUCUGGGACAUUAAAGAGGAGGUGGACCCCAGUGAUUGGAUUGGACUUUAUCACAUAGAUGAGAAUUCUCCAGCCAACUUCUGGGAUUCUAAAAACAGGGGAGUGACUGGAACCCAAAAAGGGCAAAUCGUAUGGAGAAUUGAGCCUGGGCCCUAUUUCAUGGAACCUGAGAUAAAAAUCUGUUUCAAAUACUACCACGGCAUUAGCGGAGCCCUGCGAGCCACGACCCCCUGCAUCACCGUGAAGAAUCCUGCUGUGAUGAUGGGGGCAGAAGGCAUGGAAGGAGGUGCUUCCGGAAAUCAGCAUUCUCGGAAACUCGUCAGCUUCACGUUGUCAGAUCUUAGAGCAGUUGGGCUAAAGAAAGGGAUGUUCUUCAAUCCUGAUCCUUAUCUUAAGAUGUCCAUUCAGCCAGGGAAGAAGAGCAGUUUCCCCACCUGUGCCCACCAUGGGCAGGAGAGAAGGUCUACUAUCAUCAGUAACACCACUAAUCCAAUUUGGCACCGAGAGAAAUAUUCCUUUUUUGCGCUUCUUACUGAUGUCUUGGAAAUUGAAAUUAAAGACAAAUUUGCCAAGAGCCGUCCUAUCAUCAAGCGUUUUCUGGGGAAACUAACCAUUCCAGUCCAGAGGUUGCUGGAGCGGCAAGCCAUUGGGGAUCAGAUGCUCAGCUACAACCUUGGCCGAAGGCUUCCAGCUGACCACGUGAGUGGGUACCUCCAGUUUAAAGUGGAGGUUACAUCUUCUGUGCAUGAAGAUGCUUCUCCAGAAGCUGUUGGCACAAUACUUGGAGUCAAUACUGUGAAUGGAGACCUAGGAAGUCCUUCUGACGAGGAGGACAUGCCGGGGGGCCAUCAUGACAGCACGCUUUGCUCUAAUGGGCCAGUUUCUGAGGACAGUGCUGCUGAUGGGACCCCCAAGCAUUCUUUCAGGACUAGCUCUACUCUGGAAAUAGACUCAGAGGAAUUAACCUCUACUUCUUCAAGGACCUCACCUCCCCGAGGACGUCAGGAUUCGCUCAAUGAUUACUUAGAUGCUAUUGAACACAAUGGCCAUUCCAGGCCAGGCACGACUACCUGCUCGGAGAGGUCCAUGGGAGCCUCUCCAAAACUAAGGAGUAGUUUUCCCACCGACACGAGGCUCAACGCAAUGCUUCAUAUCGACUCAGAUGAAGAAGACCACGAGUUCCAGCAAGACCUGGGAUAUCCGUCUUCUUUGGAGGAGGAAGGAGGGCUAAUAAUGUUCAGCAGAGCGUCAAGAGCUGAUGACGUGAGCCUGACAUCGCAGACCAAGCCAGAAGACAACCCAGUGGAGAUUGAGGAAGCCUCCACAAAUGAGGCUGCUUCCUUUGAGGAUAAGCCAGAACAUCUUCCCGAGCUUGCAGAGGGCUCCUUACCCUCGGGCCCAGUCCCAGAUGAGAGUGAAAGUGGCCCAGAGUCUCAACCAAGCGCUGAGCAGGGCAGCACCGAAUUGUGUGGCUCUCAAGAGGUGGAUCAGCCCACGAGCGGGGCAGACACAGGGACUUCCGACACGUCGGGAGGAAGCCGCAGGGCCAUCAGUGAGACCGAGUCCCUGGAUCAGGGGUCUGAGCCUUCCCAGGUGUCCUCUGAAACAGAGCCCAGUGACCCUGCCAGGACAGAGAGCGUGAGCGAGGCCAGCACCAGGCCGGAAGGCGAGAGCGACUUGGAGGGCGCCGACAGCUCCUGCAAUGAGAGCGUUACCACGCAGCUGUCCUCGGUGGACACGCGGUGCUCGUCUCUUGAGAGCGCACGGUUUCCCGAAACCCCAGCCUUUUCUUCUCAGGAGGAGGAAGAUGGAGCCUGUGCAGCAGAGCCCAGCAGCAGUGGCCUCGCUGAGGGGUCACAGGAUUCCAUACGUACUCCCAGUUCUUUACCUGUGGUGCAGGUGCCCGCUGGAGAGGAGGAAGGGGCAGGGGCAGACUCGGCCCCUUUACCUAACCAGGAGGAGAUCGGAGAGGUCUGGCAGCGGAGGGGGAGCUUGGAAGGAGCUGCUGCUGCUGAGAGCCAGCCCCAGGAAGAAGGGGAUGCCGGGGAUGCCCACGGGGCUUGUGAAGGGGCCACUGCCCAGGAGGAGGGCGCCACCGGAGGUUCUCAAGCCAAUGGCCACCAGCCAUUGAGAUCACUGCCUUCAGUACGCCAGGAUGUUAGCCGAUACCAGAGGGUGGACGAGGCUCUUCCCCCAAAUUGGGAAGCACGCAUUGACAGCCACGGCAGGAUCUUCUACGUGGAUCACGUAAACAGAACCACCACGUGGCAGCGACCAACAGCUCCUCCCGCCCCUCAGGUGCUGCAAAGAUCAAACUCCAUACAGCAAAUGGAGCAGCUGAACCGGCGAUACCAGAGUAUUCGCAGAACCAUGACUAACGAGAGGCCUGAGGAAAAUACCAAUGCUAUUGAUGGGGCAGGAGAAGAAGCUGACUUUCACCCAGCCAGUGCAGAUUUCCGACGAGAGAACGUCCUGCCCCACUCUACCUCCAGAUCCAGGCUCACGUUGCUGUUACAGUCCCCCCCUGUGAAGUUCCUCAUCAGCCCAGAGUUCUUCACCGUGCUGCAUUCUAACCCUAGUGCCUACCGCAUGUUUACAAACAAUACGUGUUUGAAGCACAUGAUCACCAAAGUCCGGCGGGACACCCACCACUUUGAACGCUACCAGCAUAACCGAGAUCUUGUGGGAUUCCUCAAUAUGUUCGCCAACAAACAGCUGGAGCUGCCAAGGGGCUGGGAAAUGAAACACGAUCAUCAGGGCAAGGCAUUUUUUGUCGACCACAACUCCCGCACCACCACUUUCAUCGACCCCCGGCUCCCGCUGCAGAGCAGUAGACCCACGAGUGCGCUGGUUCAUCGGCAGCACCUGACCAGGCAACGCAGCCACAGUGCAGGCGAGGUAGGAGAAGAUUCUCGACACACAGGACCACCAGUGCUUCCCAGGCCAUCGAGUACAUUCAAUACAGUCAGUAGGCCACAGUACCAGGACAUGGUUCCAGUGGCUUACAAUGACAAGAUUGUUGCAUUUCUGCGCCAACCCAACAUCUUUGAAAUUCUACAGGAGCGCCAACCUGAUCUUACCAGGAAUCAUUCACUCAGGGAGAAGAUCCAAUUUAUCCGAACUGAAGGGACCCCAGGAUUGGUGCGUCUUUCAAGUGAUGCAGACCUUGUCAUGUUGCUGAGUUUAUUUGAAGAAGAGAUAAUGUCUUAUGUGCCUCCACAUGCCUUACUUCACCCCAGCUACUGUCAGUCCCCACGUGGCUCCCCCGUGUCCUCUCCCCAGAACUCACCAGGUACUCAGCGUGCCAAUGCCCGGGCUCCUGCCCCUUACAAGCGAGACUUUGAAGCCAAACUAAGGAACUUUUACAGGAAGUUAGAGACUAAAGGAUAUGGACAAGGCCCAGGGAAAUUAAAGUUAAUUAUCAGAAGAGAUCACUUACUGGAAGAUGCUUUUAAUCAAAUUAUGGGCUACUCCAGAAAAGACUUACAGAGAAAUAAGCUGUACGUCACAUUUGUCGGGGAGGAAGGGCUGGAUUACAGUGGACCUUCCAGAGAGUUUUUCUUCCUCGUAUCCAGAGAACUCUUUAACCCAUAUUAUGGCUUAUUUGAAUAUUCAGCCAACGACACAUACACAGUACAAAUAAGUCCCAUGUCUGCUUUUGUAGACAAUCACCAUGAAUGGUUCCGAUUCAGUGGUAGGAUUCUUGGUCUUGCGCUAAUACACCAGUAUUUGUUGGAUGCUUUCUUCACACGGCCCUUUUAUAAAGCUCUUCUCAGAAUUCUGUGUGACCUGAGUGAUCUAGAAUACCUUGAUGAAGAGUUCCACCAGAGCCUGCAGUGGAUGAAAGACAAUGAUAUCCAUGACAUCCUGGACCUGACAUUCACUGUGAAUGAAGAAGUUUUUGGGCAGAUUACCGAACGAGAAUUAAAACCAGGGGGUGCCAAUAUCCCGGUCACAGAGAAGAACAAGAAGGAGUACAUCGAGAGGAUGGUGAAAUGGCGGAUUGAGAGGGGUGUUGUUCAGCAAACAGAGAGUUUAGUGCGUGGCUUCUAUGAGGUGGUGGAUGCCAGGCUGGUGUCUGUUUUUGAUGCAAGAGAACUGGAACUUGUCAUCGCGGGCACAGCUGAAAUCGACCUGAGUGACUGGAGAAACAACACAGAAUACCGAGGAGGAUAUCAUGACAAUCAUAUUGUAAUUCGGUGGUUCUGGGCUGCAGUGGAAAGAUUCAACAAUGAACAGCGACUCAGGUUGUUACAGUUUGUCACAGGCACAUCCAGCAUUCCCUAUGAAGGAUUUGCUUCUCUCCGAGGGAGUAAUGGCCCAAGAAGAUUCUGUGUGGAGAAAUGGGGGAAAAUCACUGCUCUUCCCAGAGCUCACACUUGUUUCAACCGUCUGGAUCUCCCCCCGUACCCAUCAUUCUCCAUGCUUUAUGAAAAACUCUUGACAGCAGUUGAAGAAACAAGUACCUUUGGACUUGAGUGACCUGGAAGAACGAUGCCAGGCUCUGUAUGGACAGGCAAUUUCAGAAGCUGCUGUCUAGAAGAAUGACUGAAUGUUGGAAGUUUCAAGAGUAUGCUUCCACUAGAGUCAAGCUGAGUGCUAUUAUUUUCCAGGAACACAUGC